AUGGUCGACAUCUACCGACGCCUCGCCCCCGCGCUGCCCGGGCGGAUCGGGGCGCGCGAGGCGCUCCUGCGCGUCGGCUUCAAGGAGGUGCAGCCGACCCGGCCGUGGCUCUACAACAUGACCGCUGCGCCGCCCGAGCUGCUCGCGCGGAAGGACGUCCUCUUCGGGGGCCUCCUCGCCUCGGCCGGCGCGGGCGCGCAGUUCGGCGGGCAGGUGACCGACUACGAGCACGGCCUCUCCUUCGCCACGGUGCACGGCUCUGCCCACAUGGUCCCCACCUUCCGCCCGCGCGCCGCCCUGACCCUGCUGCGGCACGUCGUCGAGAACUCGACCUUUGCGCCGCCGGUGCCGAGCGACGCCGCCCUCGCCGCAAUGGGCGGCCCCGAGUUUGACGGCUUCCUCGACAAGUGGGUGGCGGCGGCGGCCGGGCCGGACUACGUGGGCAAGCGGGGACGGCGCCGGUAG